UAAGCCCCGGCUAGGAUACCUGAAAGACCUGUGGGGCCCUGAAGAUGGAGUCUGCUCGGGAGAGCCCCCUCAUGGUGACACGGAGUCUGGCGCAGCUGUUGGAGCGAGACACAGUGAAAGUGGAGCUCAUUCCUGAAAAGAAAGGCCUUUUUCUCAAGCAUGUGGAGUACCAGAUCACCAGUCAGCGUUUUAAAAUCUCCGUCUACCGGAGGUACAGCGACUUUGAUGUCUUCCAUGAACUUCUGCUGCAGAGGUUUGCCUACAGAAUGGUACCGGCGCUUCCUCCUAAAAGGAUGCUAAAAGGAGUGUUGACCUCAUCAUCAGAUCGAGAGUUCAUUGAGGGGCGUCGGAGAGCCCUGUGCAGGUUCCUAAAUCUUGUGGCACGGCACCCUUUCUUCUCAGAGGAUGAGCUGGUGAAGACGUUCCUGACCUUCAAUGGCUCAGAUGUUCAGAACAAAUUGCGAGAGGCAUUUAAGAAGACUGGUGACGAGUUUAUGACAAGUAAAAUCGCCACACAGGCUAAGGCAACAACCGGAGACAACCCCUCAAACUCACUUCAGGACUACCUUCCUACAGAUGUGCAGGCUCAGUUCUCCUCCAGCAGGGAGCUGAUCCGAAACAUCUUCAGCAGCUUCCUCAAACUGAGGGAGAGGGUGGAAAGGAUGGCCGAACGUUCCAAGGACAACGCCACGGACCUGCUCGUGCUUGGAAGGGAACUCAGCACACUGGGCUCUGACACAUCGCCUGUCCCCCCACUGGCCUCAGCAAACAGCACAUGGGGGACACUGCGACAGUCACUGAAGGGGCUGUCCGUGGAGUUUGCCCUGCUGUCCGAAAAAUCGGCCCAGCAGGGGAAAAGAGAGGAAGAUGACGUAGUGGAAAAACUUCAUUUCUUCUUGGAUGUGAUGCAGUCAUACAAGGACCUGUGUGAGCGGCACGAGAAGGGCGUGCUGCAUGAACACCAGCGCGCACUGCAGAAGUACGGCAUGAUGAAGAGGCAGAUGAUGAGCGCCACCGUGCAGCCCAAAGAGCAGGUGUCUGUGGAGCAGCUGGAGUCCCGCAUUGUGCAGCAGGAGAACGCCAUACAGAUCAUGGAGCUGCGGAACUACUUCUCGCUGUUCUGCCUCCACCAGGAGACCCAGCUGGUCUUCACCUAUCUCCACGUCGCCUCUCACAUCCUGGGAGCCCUGGUCAACUCCCAGGUUCAGGGCCACAGAGAGAUGGGUGAAGUGUGGAAUGAUCUCCCGCCGAAGCUGAGCAGUCUUUUUGGGGGCGGAAAUGGCGUCCCCACUCCUCCUCUCACACCCCAGUAGGAGAACUCAAAGACACUCUUCUAUUUUACUUUAACUGGAAGGAAAAGGUGAUGCACUCCUUCUUUAGGCACUGCUUAUAUCUCUGGGAAAACCACUUCAGGAACA